UGGCCAUGAGCUGUGCUACUGCUAUAAACAACCUCAAUGUCCCAAACUGAAUAACCACAGAGCACCCCCAGGAGCUCUGGACACUCGUGUUCUUUAGUAGUAGGAGCAGCUUAAUGUCGACAGUAUGGGGCAUCAGGUGAUAAUAUUUGACUUUUCUGUCAUAAGAGGACUGUGGGAAACUCGAGUUAAGAAGAACAAAGAACGUCAGAGGAAGGAGAAAGAAAGAUUAGAAAAAAGUGCAUUGGAGAGGAUAAAACAGGAAUGGACUUUGAUACUAGAGUGCCGUAAGAAAGGUAUUCCUCAAUCAAAAUACCUCAGAAAUGGCUUUGUAGACACCAGUGAGAAGAACCUGGACACUUCUGGAAAGAAUCCUCAGCUCCAGAAAAGACAUGCUUUGUCGGAUGAAUUGAAUAAGGAAAGAAACAAGUUUAUUUUCCGGCUUUCUGGAGAGCAAUGGACGGAGCUCCCAGAUUCUCUGAAAGAACAGAUUUAUCUGAAAGAAUGGCACGUGAACAAUACAUUGAUACAAACCAUUCCAGCCUACAUUGCAUUAUUUCGGGAUCUGAGAGUACUGGAAUUGUCAAAAAAUCAAAUCCACCAUCUCCCAGCGGAGAUUGGCUGCUUAAAAAACCUCAAAGUGCUCAAUGUGAGCUUCAAUAAUUUGAAGUCAGUCCCUCCAGAACUGGGUGAUUGUGAGAAUCUAGAAAAACUGGAUUUGUCUGGAAAUAUGGAAAUAACAGAUCUCCCAUUUGAAUUAAGUAACCUGAAACAAGUCACAGUUGUGGAUGUGUCAGCAAACAAGUUCCAUUCUAUUCCAAUUUGUGUGCUCCGGAUGUCUAAUUUGCAGUGCUUGGAUAUCAGCAGCAACAACCUGAAAGAUCUCCCAGAAGACAUAGACAGGUUAGAUCAAUUGGAGACACUUCUCUUGCAGAAAAACAAGCUGACUUAUCUUCCACGAGCUCUUGUCAACAUGCCAAAGCUCAGUUUGCUGGUUGUCAGUGGUGACGACCUGGUUGAGGUACCCACAGCCAUCUGUGAGUCUACCACAGGCCUAAAAUUUGUGAGUCUCAAGAACAGUCCUGUUGAAACCAUUGUAUGUGAAGACACCGAAGAAAUUAUAGAAACCGAACGUGAACGUGAGCAAGUUGAGAAAGAAUUUAUGAAGGCAUACAUUGAAGACCUAAAGGAAAGGGAGUCUACUCCUUCCUACACUACGAAAGUAUUGCUCAGUCUUCAGCUCUGAAGACCAAAAACAUCUAAAUCUCUAGUGGAUAUCUGAAUAACUCUCUUUUUAUCCACCUGAAUAGUAAACACUGGAAAAUAUAAAUGGCCAGAAUCACAU